AUGGCACCAACCGAUACCAAAAAGGCCGAGCCGGUCAAGCAGGGCCCACCCAAGCUUUCUGAUUAUAAGGAAAUCCUCGACGAGAGCACAUUCGAACAGAUCCUUGAGAUGGAUGAUGACGAGGAGGAUCGCGACUUCAGCAAGAGCAUUGUGUACGGUUUCUUUGACCAGGCCGAGAACACCUACAAGAAGAUCCAGAAGGAAAUAGAUGACAAGAACCUCGAUGAACUUUCUGCUCUCGGGCACUUCCUUAAGGGCUCGUCCGCCACACUGGGCCUUAUCAAGGUCAAGGACGGCUGCGAGAAGAUCCAAAACUUUGGCGCCCACAAGGAAGAAACAGGUCUCAUUGACGAACCGGACACAGAGGUCUGCCUCAAGGCCAUCAAAAAGACUCUGGAUGAAGUCAAGGUCGAAUAUCGCAAGGUCGAGAAGCUCCUCCGCCGAUACUACGGUGAGGAGGUGAAGGACGAAGAAGAGAAGCCAGAAGAGAAGGAGGUUAAGGAGGAGAAGAAAAAGGAAGAAAAGCCCAAGGAAGAGCCCAAGAAGGAGGCCACCGAGUCCAAGGAGACUAAGGAGCCCACCAAGGAAGUCUCGAAAUAA